GCAUCCCGCCGAGGCGUGUGGCUGAAAGCGACGGCGCCCGGUCGGCGGCUCGGCCCGGCCGCCUGCCCCCGCCAUGGAGACGGACGGCCUGGAGUGGCUGCUGGUGCCCAUGCGGCAGCUGGUGGCCUGGGGCGCCGCCGGGGCCAUGGUGUUCGGCGGCGUGGUGCCCUACAUCCCGCAGUACAGGGACAUCAGGCGGACGCAGAACGCCGAGGGCUUCUCCACCUACGUGUGCCUGGUGUUGCUGGUGGCAAACAUCCUGCGGAUCCUCUUCUGGUUUGGAAGGCGUUUUGAAUCCCCUCUUUUGUGGCAAAGCAUUAUCAUGAUCAUUACUAUGUUACUGAUGCUGAAACUGUGCACUGAAGUUCGUGUGUCCAACGACCUAAACAUAAAACGCCGCUCUUUUGCAGCUGCAGAUAGUAAGGAUGAAGAAAUUAAAGCACCUCCCAAGAGAUCCUAUCUGGAUUUUGACUUGAACUAUUUUUGGCAUUGGAGCAAGUUUACAGACUACGUGCAGUGUGUCCUGACUUUCACUGGUGUCACCGGUUACAUCACUUACCUCUGGCUCGACUCAUCUCUAUUCGUGGAAACACUGGGCUUCCUUGCAGUGUUCACCGAGGCUAUGUUAGGUGUUCCCCAGCUCUACCGUAACUACCAGAACAGGUCUACAGAAGGAAUGAGUGUCAAGAUGGUGCUGAUGUGGACGAGUGGGGACACCUUCAAGACUGUUUACUUUAUCUUGAAUCAGGCCCCUUUACAGUUCUCCAUCUGUGGACUCCUGCAGGUCUUUGUGGACAUCGCUAUCCUGCUGCAGGUUUACUUGUACAGCUCCUACCCUCAGAAGCCCACCUCCCACACGGCACACCCUGCCGGCACCAAGGCCCUGUGAGGGGCUCGGCAGGACAGGCUGCAGGUCAGUGGUGCUGCAGGGUCAGCCAUGGCACCUCCUCUUCCACUUGUAAAUACUCCUGCAUUGCUGAGCUGAAAGCAGAAAAGAGAACAAGGAUCGAAAGCCUGGUUGCACUUCCAGCUCUGGGGUUUUUAUUUAAAAUAACUUGCUCUCUCUGUUCUCAGGCUUUGCUGUACAAAACUGGUUCCUGGUGGGGGGAGGGACACUUUAUUUUUGCAUAUGUACCUAUGAGCCUUAUUGAUUCACAUAGGUUUGUAUAUUAAUCACAAGGGCUGGAUGUUUUGUGUUUUUAAUGCUAUUUAAAAAUGUUACACCACAGAAAUGAUAGGAUAUUUUGUCUGAGACUUUUACCUAUUUAUAUAAUAUGAAGUCUGUAUAUUGGCAGGAAGGUUGUGGCAUAUGUUAGCAUUCAGUAUCUCCAUGAUGUAGGAAGAAGUAUUGAAGAGCAAAUGUAGGAGCUUUCUCUUUUUUUGUUGAAGAAGGGUAAGCAGAGAGGGAGGGAAGCCCUGCAAAGAGGCGAACAACCAAAAAUGAACAAGUCAUACACAGUAUGAAGUGUCAGCAUGCCGAAGAGCGAACUGUAAAACGUGCCUGCUGCAGUAUCAGUGCAGCAGGCAGAAAUGUCAGCGUGAGGAAUGGUGGCUGAGUACAGGCACCAUGUCUAAAGCAGGCACAGUUGAUCAAGUGGUCAGUCAAAAGGAGAAGCGAACAGGAGAUUGCGUGAGGGGCUCUAACAGAGCCUUGCUCAAUGGGAUUUGGGAACAGACUGACUUCUGUAGCCAUGCACAGGAUAGGACUGGGCUGGAAGAUGCCUGUCCCAGGAGCCAGUAGACAUGCUAUUGCCAGGCAGGUAUUUCUAGGUAGCAAAUGAGAGCCACAGAGGUAGAAGCGAGACCACUUUCAUUGCCCUAGAGGGAGAAGUGAAAAAGUUUGAGACAAAGUCGUGUCCUAUGGAAUAGGACUAGCAUCUGACCACUUGAUUUGUUGAGGCUGAGUCACGUUCACGCUGUUUAAUGCCAAACAAAAACCAGUUUGUAUUUGGGGGUGUUUCUUGCACUGACCCAACAAGGAAGGAGUCCACAUUUUUCCUUUUUCUGUUGCUUAAGAUCUUCCAAGCUCUUUGGAGAAUCAACAGUCUGUAGUUAGACAGAGGGACUGAGAAAGCUGAUAGGGCAGAGAGUUUAUUUAUAAACACAGAUGUUGUCUGUACUGGCUGCUUGCCAGCCAGUCACUGUGCCCUUUCUGAGCACUGCACAUGUCUAGUAGCUGCGGGUGGUGUGGGACCCUCAGGGGGCUGUGCCCAAGCCCACGGGCUUCUGCCAGUUGCCAGAAGGAAACCGCUGUGGUUGGGCUGAGACAACUACAGCAAGAUGCAGAGCCCCAGGAGCAUUUAUGCCUGUGCUGCUUUCUUCUUUGUGAAUGUCCCUCCCUGCUGUGGGAUGAGCCCUGUGUGACUGCAGGCAAGGCAUUAGAGCUAGGAUAGAUUUCUGAGAAUCUUUUUUUUUUUUUUUUUUUUCCCCCAAGAUUAGCACAAGAGCUUAUGUUUUCUUAUCAACGGGAGCAAGUCUGAGGUUUAAUAACUUCAGUGAGCAAAUCAGGUACUUUCCCUACCCUAUUUUACUUGGGAAUCUCAUGACCUGAGUCUGGACUGUCUUCACUGGUUGCAAACUCCCCUCUGUUGGGAAAGCAGCAGCAGGCCACAGCAGCAGUUGCUUGAUGCCUAGUUGGGAAUGUCCACUGUAGGACAGGGAGGAGUGGGCUGGCCCCGUGGUCUGUGCCACUUUGCAGACCCGUGCCCCUGUUGCUCCCCAGGCAGCCCAGGCUGACAGCGGGGCUCACGCCACACGUGCCAUUUGAUUUUGGCACUGCCAUGUUGGUGGCGGAGCGCUGAGCCCCAAACCUGUGAGUAGAGGUUGUCCCUUGAGGCUGGGCCAUCCUUCCCUUCCAUGGGACGCUGCUGGAGGUGGAGGUAAGGGGCAUCCUCACAAAGUCCCUCCUGCCCAGGCAGAUCCAGCAGACCAGGAUGGAGGGCGGCUGCUCUUUCUGAGGGGUGGGCACAGAUGCUCUGCCUGGGCACUGCCUCCACGCUCCUUGUUCGAUACCCUUCUCUUUUAGGCCUGAAGUGACCUUACAAUGACAAUGUACCUGGCAUGGCAGACAAUGAAUGUUUUGUUCCUCUCUUUUUUUUCCAAUGUUCUUGUUAUGUUAAAUGAACAUCUGGGCUUUUGUCUUUGUUAAUUGAAGACUUAUUUAACAACUGGCUUCUCUGGUAUGCUGCUUUAAUGAGGAUUGUAUUUCUACUGUAUGCAAAUGAACACUUUCCUGUGUGUUUUAAUGGUCUGAUUUUUUUAAUACCUUGUAAUGAUAAGAUUUUUGUAUAUGGUGGUCUUUUCUAAUCCAUGAAAAGGGGAUAUAAACUUUAAAUGGCUGUUAAGAAAUAUGCUCCUGUAUGUUACAGCUUCACCUGGAAGUGCACACUUUUGGCCACCUCUUUGGCUUUAAACUACAGGUAUUACUGAUAAAAUAACUGUUGUUCUUUCCUUAUGGGACUCUCCCCUGGGCAGUUUCUUGAGCCUGCCACCAGUACCCAAACCAGUGUGCAGUCUCAUUCACACUAGAGGUGCAAAUAUUGGAAGAGAAGCCAGUGAAAACACAUCUAAAGUCAUCUUCUGUAUGUGGCAUUUAAUAAGGUAGGACUCUUGGCUGGGAACUGUUGAACAUCACCUUGCAAGAUACUUUACAGAGAAAAUGUUACAGAACUUUGUUCUUUAGUUGUCAUGAAGUAUCUGUAUCAAUGAUCACCUUGGAGAAUAAUAAAUCAAUUACUUUAAAUAACUCUUUGAAUGUAUGGCACAUUUCAUGAGUUUAUUUUCUGUCAGUUGCAAUGCUUUUUAAAUAAAAGAAACCUAUUAUACAUAAA